AUGGGUAAAACUAAAACAAAUCCAGCGCUAAAGCUCCAGAAACAGCGACGGUAUGGCUCCACCAGCAGUCAGGUGUCGCAGAGCAGUGGCGACAUAUGCCGUAUCUGUCACUGCGAAUCCGACACGCUGAACCCCCUGCUGACGCCGUGCUACUGCUCCGGAAGUCUAAAGUUCGUGCACCAGACAUGCUUGCAGCAGUGGCUGACUGCCUCGGAAACGAACGCCUGCGAGCUCUGCAAGUUCCCGUUUAUUAUGCACACCAAAAUCAAGCCAUUCAACGAGUGGCGCAGCUUGGACAUGUCUGGGGUAGAAAGACGGCGCCUGUGUUGCGCGGUACUCUUCCACUGCGCGGCGGGCCUUUGCGUCAUCUGGUCGCUGUGCGUGCUGAUCGAGCGGGCCGCCGAGGAAGUGCGGCGUGGUCAGAUCGGGUGGCCCUUCUGGACGAAGCUGAUCGUGGUGACGGUUGGACUGACCGGCGGCGUCGUGUUCAUGUACAUCCAAUGCAAGCAGUACUUGAGCCUCUGCAAUCGUUGGCGAGCUAGAAAUAGAAUACUGCUCAUACAAAACGCACCCGAGAAGAUUCACCCACCGCAGUCACCGCCGAUGCCACAGUUCCGGAGAGUGCGAACGGCGGCCACAUCUGGCCAGCAGUACCCGCAGCAGGCGAUCGGGUCGAUGGGCAUAAACGCGAUCGACAACGCGACUGGGGCCGGAGGCGGUGCCGGCAGUAGCGGUCAGCUAAUGAGCCGGACGUGCGAUCAACCACUCGGCACGGUGUCGUCGUCAUCCGGGGCAAACCACUGCGAGCUGCAGAUCAACCACCAGGGCCAGAUCAUAGCGGCGAACAUCGAAAGCACGUCGAUCGGGUACGAUCGCGACUGGACGCUGGAUGACAUCAGCCAGGUUUCGUUCAAACCCUGUCCGCAGGGCAGCGGCAGUUUGACGCCGAUGCCGUUUCACGAUUCGGUGCACAACAUUUGUGAGGCCAAUGGGAGUGGAGCUGGUGGUGGCAAUGGGAUCGCUACCGGAGGGGCUAACAGUCAGCAUCGCUACUCGACCGCAUCGAACACCUCCAACUCGCUGGCGUUGGACCCGCUACAAUCCGCCCAAGUUGGAGAACAAAUUUCGAAUAACAGCACGACAGCAACGGCCGCUGGCGGCGCAUCGGCAAAAGCGACCGAACUGGGUCUGUUUAAGUUAAGUACUGCUAGUGAGCGAAGUAGAAGUAGCUCACCGAAUGUCGCACCCGGCAGCACCGGAGUGGGACGUUACGCGAAUUCGGCCGUAUUCCUCGAGAAUCGUGAUAUUUUAAAUGAUCCUUCCUCGACACCGGGUGAGGGCACGAUAACGGCUGCUGGUCACGUACCGUCGCCGUAUCCGAGUAAAGUCUAUCACCGCCAUUCGACGGUCUUGGCAGGAAGUGGCCCUUCGCUGACAUCCUUUGCGAGAGCGGAUGUUGUUUCGCAAGGAGCAGUCAGCGGAGAUGAGAUUGGCCAGCAUGAACCAAACAAGUCAUUCCGCCGUUACUCCGACACGAAACUGCUGCAGAAACAGUCACUCAGUUAUCCACAGGAACCGCUGGCACUGUGCGAGAUCGGAUCGCACACCAAAGAUCAGCUGCUGCUGAAUCCGAAAAGUAUAAUCUACGAUAUGAGCGGUUUACUCGGUGCACCAGUGGUGGUGCCGGUCGAUGCGGACGUGACCAUGGAUGGCGGCGGGGUGCACGGAAGUGCAAACCAUCGACACAGCCAUCACAGCCAUCUGCACCACCAUCACCACCACCAUGUGCACCAUCGCCAUCACCAUCCAACGUAUCAGUCAGCGAUGGGAGAUCGGUCUGAGGAGUGUCCUCACAGUACGCCUCAAACAACGGACAUUCAGUUCGAAUCGAGCGGCAAUGGUGGCGCAAUCACCGAUGAUGACACGCUUGAGAUGAACAUUCAGGACAUUCUCGAGUACGAUCAGCAACAGCACCGGCAAUACUUGCCGCCCGAGCAGCACAAUCGACGGACUGAGCAACAGCGGCUGUCACUAGAGAACAUUUUGCAAAGUGCAUCCUAUCACGACGAUCCGAGUAUUGUUGCCUGCCGGCCGUACCACGACCACCAAGGUAUCUCCUCGAUGAUCUCCUCUUUGAGCCUGUCCAGCAAGGCUCCCCACGCGCACAUGGAGCUAGCCUUGACGUCCCCGUUCACGGGCUACCAAUCUUCGCCACAAUCGUACCCUCCGCCCCGCUCAUCGAUGGCCGGUACCCUGCCGAGUAGUAGCAGUAGAUUUCCGGCACCGCACGGUCCACUACAGCAGCAGCGGUCACAUUGUACCACCGUCGACGCGAACCAGUGCCACGAUGAAGAGGGCAGCAACAAGCUCAAACUGUUCAAAUCGCUGCCCAAUCUGAGCGCAAGUAGUGAGAACCUCCUACCGUAGAGAUGGGAAGUUGCGCUUGGGGUUUUGCCGGUACCGCUUCCCUUGCUCCUGUUGAGGCUAACUGGCAUUACUCCAUCAAAUUGUGCAUACUUAGGGAUAAUAUUUGUGAUCGUUCGCUAGAGUAAACCAAGAUGUAAGCGAUAUUUUAGCAGUUUUUUGCGUUACGCUACUUAGACUUAACCAAACAUAUUUAGUGCGCCUGGAGCGCUAGGACUAGUAAGUUGUGAGACCCGACACUGCGAUGGCUAGUCGCGAAUAGGUAGCAUAGGAGCGCAGAAGCAGAUGCAGUGAUAAGAGUUUAACCACUAAAACCAACCCUCCAAAGCUCUUUACAGUUUUUUCCAAUUUCCGUUUCUCUCGCUCUUGUAGUGUUUGUCGGUAAUGUAAUUCCAUAUCUUGAAAACACCGCUGUGUCGGAACUUCGCAAGCCGUGUUUAGAUCUAGGAACACUUUGUCCGCGUUAUGCUCAGUGAAACCGAUAGAUAGUGGGCGUUCAGAACUGAAAGGAAGAUUUAUUCGUUAGAAAAUUCUGUAGAUAACUAUGUCAGCAGGGAACCGUGAGGUCAGCUCUAGACUUGGAUACUAAGUAGUAAUGCGACAUUGACGAUACAAUAGUGUAAUUACACGGGCCCCACACCAUUUGUUGAUCGUGGCUGGACUAGCGGAUGAAUAUUAUGACAAACCACAAACGUAAAAAUGUGACUACUGCUGCUAACGAAACUGUUCCGUACCAGUUUUCGUGCGUAAUUGAAACCUGUACAUCUGAAA